AUGUCUUCUUCAAGCUCCCGCGCCACCUCGCGGAAGCAAAGCCCGACGCAUGUGGAGAUGCCUAUCUUCGUCUGUCUGCGGUGCCGGGCGAGCAUUGAUCUGAGGGUUUCUCACACACCGAAGAACCAGAAUCGUCCCUUCUAUGUGUGCAGUGAGAAUGGGGUGAAAUGUUUCUUUCUUUGGGUCGAUGCUUUGGCCAAGACUCUGAUGAAUGAACUGCAAGAAGAGCAUGAAGAAUGGUUGCGCAUGCUACCACGAACGACAGUGGCCGCAGCACGCGCUCUGGAAGAAGAGAUGGAGGGCGAAGCACACACUGACAGAGAGAUAGCUAUUGAGCUUAGGAUGUUGAAGAAGAAGGUUAGGAAGCUUGAAGAUCAAGCACAAAUACCAAUACCCAUUUGCAAUUACUUUUGGGCAUUUGUAGGUAUGGUAAUCGCACUAGGUGUAAUGUUGAAAUUUUAUGGAAAGACAUGA